AUGAUUCCACAAUCCGCCUUUGUCAGGUAAGAACGAAGAAAAAAAGGUUAUGACAUGACUGAAUCCACAUAUUCUUGCCGUUUUCUUGGCUUUAUCCUGUACAAAGUUGGAAUCUUCAUUCCCCUAGGAGAUACAGUUUUAUUUUGUUAUCCUGAGAUUGCUGAUUGUGUCUAGACUAACUCACUUUCCUAUCUGCUUGGCUUAUUAUUAGAUCAGUCUAUAUGGUCGGCUGAGGUUAAUAUUAAGUUUUACCUAUAUCUAUAUAUAAUGCCUCCUGCAUUAUCUUAAACUGUUGCAAUAGGCUUCAUCACCAGGCAAUCAGAAAUUGCAAAGAGAGUGAAGGGGUUAUCAUCAUAAACGGGUGUAAUUUGGUCUUGAAGACCAGGGGAUUCCCUGAAUAUGAAAUGUCAGAUUCAACAAAUUCCUGACAUAAGGAGAUCAAAAAUGUUGAGCUUGCAGUUCUUCCAUUAGCUUCUUCUGAGAAGGUUAGCGACCACCAAUUUGACCAAGCAAGCAGAAUCCUUAAACUGUGUGAAUUCUUGUCUUCAAAAAAUGGAAGUUCAGUUCAGAGAAUGGUUUACUACUUUAGCAAAGCUCUUUAAGAGAAGAUCGAUCGAGAAACUAGAGCUAAUACAUCAAAGAUAAGAGAAAGCACAAAAACAAGGCUGUUACCGUCUGAUGAAAACACUUUGUGUUUGAAACCCUCUUUAAUUAAAUGUUAUGAAAUGCUUCCUUUUGUUUAAGUUAGUGUGUUUGCAGGAAUUCAAGCAAUUGUAGAACAUUUGGCAUUCCCAAGAAAGGUUAAUUAUAUGGACCUUGCAGUUAGAACUGGGGGACAGUGAACAGCACUAAUGAAAGCUCUUGCCAUUGAAAAUGAAGUUCCACUGGAGCUUCUUAAAGUGACAGCCACAGGGACAACAGAGGAAAAGAUUAUUGACGACACAGGUAAAAGGCUAGCCUGUUUUGCUGAGUCCUUAAAUAUAACCUUCUCAUUCAAAACUGCUAUGGUGACACAAAUAAAAGAUAUCAAUGAAGACAUGUUUGAGAUAGAAGAUGGUGAAGUUGUAGCCAUCUACUCUCCGUUGGUUCUAAGUCAUUUAGUAGGACAGCCUGAUUGCUUGGAAGCUCUAAUAAGAGUUCUUAAGAACUUAAAUCCUUGUGUUAUGGUGGUAACAGAAUAUGAGGCAAAUCAGAGUUGCCCCAUUUUCAUGGAACGCUUUUCUGAAGCAUUAUCUUUUUAUGGUUCUCCGUUGGAAAACUUUGAAGCAGUAUGGAGCAGAGUGAUCAGAACAGGUUUGCUUUUGAAGCAUCAUACUUCAGUCGAGGUAUAAAAAAUCUUGUUGCAGAGGAGGAUGACAAUAGGAUGUUCGGGGACAUGAAUAUAGAUGACUGGAGAAACUGUCUAACUAAAUUUGGACUAGUUGAAACAGAGCUGGGAUCAUCGUCUUUAUAUCAGGCAGAGCCGGUUCCCAAGCAGCUUGCAUCUGGGAACUGUUGCACAUGCUAUAGGAAUGGGGACUCCCUAACUAUUAACUGGAAAGGAGCACCAAUUCUUUCUCUUUCUGCUUGGAAAUUCAAGGAACAGAAAGCUUCAAGGCAGAGUUGCAAUGGAAAACGAAAGUCUCUAAGGAAGUAGAAUUGUUUCCAUUUGUAUUUAAAAAAACAUCUUAUGAAUA